CGCCUGCAACCGCUUCUGCCGGUGAAAAGGGCUAGAAACGCUACUGCCGUUUGGCGCAGUUAAAAAUAUUUCAACUUGCAUAGCGUCCGUUAAGAAUUUGCUGUCUUUGUUGAAAUUUUACUUUAUUUUAAAAUUGUGAUUCAGUUUAGUGUUUUUAUACAGAUAUCAAAAUGAGCUCAAUCAACGUAAAAAAACUGAAAGUAAACGAGUUGAAGGACGAGCUGAAAAAGCGUCAGCUAUCGGACAAGGGUUUGAAGGCCGAUUUAAUGGACCGGCUACAGGCCGCGCUUGACGAAGAGGCCUUGGCAGGAGAUUCUCCACUUGGGGUGGAUGCAGCAGAAGGAGAGAAUCCCGAUGGAGAAGUCGAAGCUGCUGUGGACCAAGAAGACAUGGGGGAAGAUGAUGACGACGACGAGGGCCCGGUCGAAGAAAGCAUGGAGGCCAAUGAGGAGGAAGAGAAUGGAAAAGCAGAGGGAGACGCCGCUGUUGUGGAAGAAUGCGAAGAGAACGUGGCCCAGGAGGACGACGAAAUGGGUGAGGGGGAAGAGGAAGAAAUGGAUCCAAUGUUGAAGGAAGGUGUGGACGACAUGGAGAAAAUAACGUUAGACGCAGAGGAUGGUGAGCCCGGAGAACAGUCAGCAGAGGGGGAUGCGGACAAAGACACGAAUGCUGAUCAGAAGAAUAAGAAGGGUGUUAAGAGACGCCGGGAGGAACAUGGAAGGGGCUACUUUGAAUUUAUUGAAGAGAACAAAUACAGCUGGGCUAGUCUCAAGUCUCCACUGCCACCCCUCGAGGAAGAAGAUGAGGAGUUUGAUGACACUACGGUCUGCUUGGACAACUAUAACUGUGACCUGCACUUCAAGGUGUCCCGGGACCGUUACAGUGCCUCAUCUCUCACCAUGGAGAGCUUUGCUUACCUGUGGUCAGGGGGCCGGGCCUCGUACGGGUUGUCCCAAGGCAAGGCCUGUUAUGAGAUGAAGAUAAUCGAGAAGAUUCCAGUGAAGCACAUCUCCAGUAAGAAUAUGGAUAUCCAUGAGGUCCAGGUUGGCUGGUCUCCUGCUACAGGCAGUCUGCUCCUCGGUGAAGAGGAACAUUCCUAUGCAUACUCUGGCAAAGGCAAGAAAACCACCAACUGUGUGACUGAAGAUUUCGGAGAGACUUAUGAUGAGAAUGAUGUCAUCUGCUGCCUCAUUAAUUUUGAGGGCGAGGAGGUGGAGAUGUCCUUCUCUAAGAACGGUAAGGAGCCGGUGGUGGCCUUCCAGGUCAGCAAAGAGUCCCUGGGAGAGAAAGCACUCUUCCCUCACGUCAUCUGCCACAACUGUGCUGUUGAGUUCAACUUUGGCCAGAUGGACACGCCAUACUUCCCCCAGCCAGAGGGCUACACCUUCCUGCAGCAGGUCCCUAUGGACAAACGUGUCCGUGGGCCCAAGGGACCCGAAACUAAGAAGGACUGUGAGGUCAUUGCCAUGGUCGGCCUACCCGGUUCAGGAAAGACCACAUGGGUCAGCAAGCACACCCAGGAGAACCCUGGGAAGUAUUACAUCCUGGGCAGUGACACCAUUGUGGAGAAGAUGAUGAUUGGAAGCUUGAAGCGUCAGGGGAAAGACACAUCAAAGCUCACCGCCAUUUCCCAGCGUGCACCUCUCUUCCUGGGCAAAUUCAUUGAGAUUGCUGCUCGCAAGAAGAGGAACUACAUCUUGGACCAUACCAAUCUAUCUGCCCCGGGCCAGAAGAGGAAGAUGUGUCUGUUUGCUGGCUACCAGAGGAAGGCUGUGGUGGUCUGUCCCUCUGACGAAGACUACAAGGAGAGGGCCCAAAAGAAGGCAGAGAGCGAUGGCAAAGAGGUGCCCGAGCACGCCCUCCUCAAAAUGAAAGGGUUCUUCACUCUUCCAGAGGAGGGGGAGAGCUUUGCUGAGGUGACCUACGCUGAGCUGCAGAAGGAGGAGGCCUCCAAGCUGGUGGAGCAGUACAAGGAGGAGAGCAAAGCAGCCCUCCCCGCAGAAAAGAAGCCCAACCAGGGCUCCCUGACCCCCAAGAGAGGAGGAAGUGUCAGAGGGGGCGGGCGAGGCAAAAAUCAGUUUAACCGCGGAGGUGGACCCGGCCAGAGAGGAGGUGGCCGAGGAGGCUUCCAGCAGAGGGGCAAUUUCAGAGGAGCUCCAGGUCCACGUGGUGGAUUCACUCGCCCUCCUCGAGGGUUCAUGCCCCCUCCAGCCUUCAGAGGCGCAUACGCCAACCGGGGCAACUUCAACAGGGGCGGCGGCCUCAUGGCCGCCCAGGGAGGGGCCCCAAGAGGAGGGGCCCCAAGAGGAGGACCCAUGAGGGGCAACAUGAGCCACAGGGGUGGAGCCAUGAACAGGGGCGGCCCUCCAAUGAACCGAGGCGGAAACAUGGGACGAGGAGGCAACAUGAGCCGAGGAGGUGGCGCAAGCAUGAGCAGAGGCGGUGGUGGAAACCGAGGCAACUAUAACCAGGGGUUUCAGUCCAGAGGAGGCAGCAGCCGUGGAAACUUUGGCAACAAGAACAGCAUGGGGGGAUAUGGGGACAACCGGAACGGUGGAGGGCGCGGAGGCGGAUUUGGUGAUCACCGGAACGGGGGAGGACGCGGAGGCUUCGGCAUGGACAAGGCUCAGGCCUUCAACCAGAGCUGGCAGCAAGGGUUUUGGAACCAGAAGCCAUGGAGCCAGCAGUAUCAGCCAGGAUACUAUUAGACAUUCUGAUCUAAAGGACUGGUGGCCAAUAAUGGAAUCCACCACUAGCCACGGACAUCCCUCCCCCUCCACACAUUUUUUCUAGAACCCACUUUUAAAAACAAUAAAGACGAUGGAGCAACAUUCCACAUCUGAGGAGACGACACUCUUUGAAGCUUUAUGGGUUUUUCAUUUGUUUUUGUACAUUUUAUGAUAUUUUUCCAAAUUUUAAAAAAUCUCAUGCUUUUAAUAAUCCCUUGUUUAAAAAAAUAAUAAUAACAUCGCAAACUGCAACAUUUUCACUCUCCUUCAGCAACAUAUGUUUGAAAGAUUUUCAGGGUUGUGCAUUUUAUCUGUGCAAUGUGAUUUCUUUUUUUUUCUUUUUUUUUACUGAUUGUAAAUAUUGUUUUGCUUAGUUGCAUUUGUUUAACGUGUUAACUGUAAGGAACCAUAUUUUGAGGCAUGGUAGCUAUAGUAUUGUUAAUGAUUGUACAUGUAGUCUUCAAGCAACAAAGUUAUUUCGAAUCAAAUGACUUUUUGAUUUUUGCCUUUUGUUAUUUUUACAACAUCAAGCAUGUAAUCUAAACUCCGUAGAUUUACAAUAAACAACCUAUUUGCUUUUUUACAAACUUCUAUGGCUUAUGACUUUUAAUUGAUUUCAAAGGUUACCUAAAGUACCUUUGAAUGGGCUCAUGCCUAGUUUGCUAAUUCAAAAUUUAAGGACAUCUGCUGUCCACAGAAAGCACCUCGAUGUGCUACUUAUUCAUGUAAUUCAUCCAUCAAUGAUGCACAAUCUUUUUUUUACCUUUUAAUGAUACAGGUUCAUCUUAACAUAUUUUGUAAGAUGUACCACUCUGGAUGCAUUGUGCUUUGAAUAGCAAAGUUAUUUCUGUAGGAUGUUUAGAAGCCAUUUUAGCAUUACAUCAUGCCUUUUGAUAUUGUCAUUACUUUGUGAUUUUUAUAGUUCUUGAUAUACUGUGGCACAUUACUGAACAUGGCGUUGAGGAUGCUUGAUUCAGGUGUAAGUUUUGGUGUUUUCUUAAUUUAAUUUCUCCACUAAAAGUGUUUGGUUUGUGGCUUUUUUUAUACGGUCUGGUUUUGAUGCGUUUGUGAUUAGACUACACUAGGCUAGUCCUACACGACCAUACUACACAUUUUUCAUUGUUUACAUUUAAUGUCCUAUGCUAUUUGAACUUAGCCUGAGUGCCAGUCUGUUGGUGCUAACAUGCCAAUGCAAACAAGUUAGCAAGAGCACAAAUCUGGAACAGGCUCAUUUGAACCACUAGGGGUUAAAAGGUUAAAUAUUCCGUAGCUGGUUUAGCACUCAUUCAACACUCGAUUGGGUGAUGCCAUGAGUCAAAUUAAAUAUCAGUGUUGGUUUAAAAAGGAGAAGUGGAACAACUACAGCAGUUUGCAUUUUACCAGCAAAUCUAGGGCUAUGUGAUGUCAUGGAGUAUACCUAUAUUCUCACUACUGCAAGAAGUGAAACUUAACCUCUCAAUGACUUCAGAGACGCAUGUUUUAUGGAGGUAAUAGGAACCUGAAGACCGGUAUUAUAUAAAUGCUAAGGCCUGGGCUUCAACCCAGUGAGCUAACAGUUGUACGGCGCACACACAAAAGUCAGACUUAAUGGUGUGUUCAAACUAACUAGUGGCAGUGUAGGCUGAUGAUAAUGGCAGCUCUAAACUCCUAUAGCUCAGGCUAUGUAGCUGACCAGCAGUGUUAAAAGGGAUGUGUUCCACUGUAUUGGUGUUAGAUCUUUGAAAACAAAUUAAAUGCAAAAUUUAAUUGAGUUAAUUUUGUGAUUCUUUCAUUAGCUUAUUUAACCUUUCGUGCACAUAACGUGUGUACUAAAUGUAGUUUAUCACUGUUGUAACUAUCAUGUCAAAUCGCAUGGAUGUCACUGAACUGAUUUCAGGUAUGCUGCAUAGAAAUGCAAGUGAAAAAUAGCCCAACCAAACAGAUCAAAUUUUCAUUAGUCAAUGUUGUGUUUUAGCAGUGUGUGUAAAUGACUUCUCAAAUGAAUAUCUUUAAUAUUCAAGUUGUAGGUAACAUUGGGCAAGUCUUUUCCUGAUAAGAUUUUUUUUUAUUAUUGAACAGUGUUUUGAUAUGUGUUGUUUCCGUUAAUGUUUUUAAAGUAUUUUUGUCAUAUGAACAAUAAAGUGAUUUAAGCUUU